GCCUCUAGAGGAGUGGUCACCCGCCUGAGGGCACUUCUGUCCCACCAGCAUCAGACCAGGCCGCACCGAGCCGCCCGGAAUCAUGUUUGGAAAGAGGAAGAAGCGGGUGGAGAUUUCCGCGCCGUCCAACUUCGAGCACCGCGUGCACACGGGCUUCGACCAGCAUGAGCAGAAGUUCACGGGGCUGCCCCGCCAGUGGCAGAGCCUGAUCGAGGAGUCGGCUCGCCGGCCAAAGCCCCUCAUCGACCCCGCCUGCAUCACCUCCAUCCAGCCCGGGGCCCCCAAGACCAUCGUGCGGGGCAGCAAAGGUGCCAAGGAUGGGGCGCUCACGCUGCUGCUGGAUGAGUUUGAGAACAUGUCGGUGACACGCUCCAACUCCCUGCGGAGAGACAGCCCGCCGCCGCCCGCCCGUGCCCGCCAGGAAAAUGGGAUGCCGGAGGAGCCGGCCACCACGCCCUUUGCACCCACUGAAGCCCACCCGGGCUCCAGGGUGGUGAUCAUGAGGGACUACCAGCACGAGAAUGUGGUGGAGAUGUACAACAGCUACCUGGUGGGGGACGAGCUCUGGGUGGUCAUGGAGUUCCUGGAAGGAGGCGCCCUCACCGACAUCGUCACCCACACCAGGAUGAACGAGGAGCAGAUCGCGGCCGUGUGCCUGGCAGUGCUGCAGGCCUUGUCGGUGCUCCACGCCCAGGGCGUCAUCCACCGGGACAUCAAGAGCGACUCGAUCCUGCUGACCCAUGACGGCAGGGUGAAGCUGUCAGACUUCGGGUUCUGUGCCCAGGUGAGCAAGGAAGUGCCCCGAAGGAAGUCGCUGGUCGGCACGCCCUACUGGAUGGCCCCAGAGCUCAUCUCCCGCCUUCCCUACGGGCCAGAGGAGGAACCACGGGGGUGGCGCUGGCUGGGUCUGAGGCAGGGCUGGCAGCCCUCCCGCCUCCCCCCCACCACUGAUGCAGCCCCUGCACAGGUGGUGAUCAUGAGGGACUACCAGCACGAGAAUGUGGUGGAGAUGUACAACAGCUACCUGGUGGGGGACGAGCUCUGGGUGGUCAUGGAGUUCCUGGAAGGAGGCGCCCUCACCGACAUCGUCACCCACACCAGGAUGAACGAGGAGCAGAUCGCGGCCGUGUGCCUGGCAGUGCUGCAGGCCUUGUCGGUGCUCCACGCCCAGGGCGUCAUCCACCGGGACAUCAAGAGCGACUCGAUCCUGCUGACCCAUGACGGCAGGGUGAAGCUGUCAGACUUCGGGUUCUGUGCCCAGGUGAGCAAGGAAGUGCCCCGAAGGAAGUCGCUGGUCGGCACGCCCUACUGGAUGGCCCCAGAGCUCAUCUCCCGCCUUCCCUACGGGCCAGAGGUGGACAUCUGGUCACUGGGGAUAAUGGUGAUUGAGAUGGUGGACGGAGAGCCCCCCUACUUCAACGAGCCACCCCUCAAAGCCAUGAAGAUGAUUCGGGACAACCUGCCACCCCGACUGAAGAACCUGCACAAGGUGUCACCAUCCCUGAAGGGCUUCCUGGACCGCCUGCUGGUGCGGGACCCUGCCCAGCGGGCCACGGCAGCUGAGCUGCUGAAGCACCCAUUCCUGGCCAAGGCGGGGCCGCCCGCCAGCAUCGUGCCCCUCAUGCGCCAGAACCGCACCAGAUGAGGCCCAGCGCCCUUCCCCUCGACCAAAGAGCCCCCCGGGUCACCCCCGCCCCACCGAGGCCAGUAGGGGGCCAGGCCUCCCACUCCUCCCAGCCCGGGAGAUGCUCCGUGUGGCACCGCCCUCCUUGCCGGGGGUAGAUGGGACCCUACUACUGAACUCCGGUUUUGAUCUCGUGACUUUUAGAAAAACACAGGGACUCGUGGGAGCAAGUGAGGCUCCCAGGACCCUCACCCUCUGGGACAGGCCCUCCCCCGUGUUCUUGUCUCCAGGAGGACAGCGGCCCUCCCAUCACUGGAAGUCUGCAGUGGGGGUUGCUGGGGGUGGAGAGAACACUAAGAGAGGUGAACGUGUGUGUGAGUGUGCACGCGUGCGAGUGUGCAUGUGCGUGUGUGCAAAGAUCCAGCCACCCCGUCCUCCAGCCUGCAACGGGGUAUCUGGCGCCUUGCCUGACACCCAUCCCUCCCCCUGAGCCAUUGUGGGGGUCGAUCAUGAAUGUCCGAAGAGUGGCCUUUUCCCAUAGCCCUGCACCCCCUUUCUGUGGCUGGAUGGGAAGACAGGGUCAGGGCCCCCCACCUUCUCUAGCCCCUGCAGCAAAUGACUACUGCACCUGGACAGCCUCCUCUUUUCUAGAAGUCUAUUUAUAUUGUCGUUUUAUAACACUCUAGCCCCUGCCCCUAUUGGGGGACAGAUGGUCCCUGUCCUACGGGGUGGCCCGGGCAGAACCACUGCCUGGAGACCCAGGUUCCUGCCCGGUCAGCGCAGCCCCGGCCCCCCCACCCCUGCCUCGAGUUAGUUUUACAAUUAAAACGUUCUCUUGUUUUG